AUGGAGUUUGGUGGGGUUUCCGAGCUACUCUGGCUUACUUCGGAAUUAUUGGCAGUGGGAUCAACAAGAGGGAGGAUCGCUAUACUUGCGCUUCAGGGAAACAAGCUUGUGGAACGGUGUAAGAAAAAGGCUCACGGAGAUGGAGCGGCACGGGUUCCUGUGCAAUCUAUGGAUUACUGUCCUGAAACCAAGCGACUUGUGUCACUCGGACAGGGAUUGAACCCAAACAGCUACUCUGAGCCCAGACAAUGUUAUGCCAUUAACAACAUUGGCGACGACAAUGUGCCUACAAAUACACUCUCUUUGUCAAAAACGGAGGAGAUUGUGCUCGGCCACGAAGACGGCGCCCCUGACAAUCGCCAUAUGUAA